CUCUGAAUAGCCUCAGUAGUACUAUAGUGAGAGGUAAAAAACAAGAAUCUUACCUUAUUUCAUAGUGAUGCAGUUGAAACAUGGUAGCCUGCACAGGGUGGUAGAGCUGGCCCGUUUUGAAAUGAGAAGUUGAAUUCCUGAUCUAUGGCUUUGGCACUUGCUUUGCCACCAAGAAUUGCUAUCUCCAAAAUCUUCAAGCCAUGAAGAAUCUUUGCCAUCUUAUUUAUUUUCCCAGCUCCUGGGGAGCAGAGGUUUCCCACUUGGAGUUUACAUUUUGCUGAAAGCACCAAAAUCCAGGCCUGAAAGAUCUCAAAGUGGAUCAGGGCCUGGGGACCAGCUGUGCAUUAUUGAGAUUGGAGCCCAAGUUGGCAGGGAGGCCAUGACUCCUUCACUAUCCAGGAAGGUCCUCUGCCCUCUUACUCAGCGCUUCAGCAGAACAGGGCUGGGCUCUUCAUCCUGAGACAGCUGGGAGUCUGCAAGGUGUGCCCCAUGCUUUCCUACAAUGUAGAGAGGCCUUUUACCUCCCAUUAGAGUGCUUCAGAGGCUACUUAGGGUGCCUUAGGAAAAGGUAUCGUUAUUAUUAUUCCAUUAGUCUGUAACCUUCUAGAUUUUAGCUGAAUGAAACUCUAAACCACUUAAAACACACUGGGCUCAGUAGCAUACAAAAUCGCUCUGUGCUUAGAGGCGUCUGCAAAGUGGUGCGCGUGCUGCCCCAGUGGCUGUCACUCUGGCUGCUGCCCUUAUGUCUCCUUCAAGGGUACAUGGAGGAGAGAUGAGGGACACAUGCUUAAGGUCGACUUCUACCACAUUCCUAUCCCACUUUCUCAGCCGGCUUCCUACUUUUUCACUGCCUCUGAAAUAGACACAGAGGCAGUCCUGGAAGGCCUCAAGCCUCUGGAAAAGCGAAGAUCACUUUUCCCCAAAGAUGUUAAUUCCAAACUUGUUUAUGUUCCUCCUUGGAAUGACAGCUUACAAAAAUAUGUGCAGUAUUAAGAGAUGAAGCCUGAGGGUGAAGGACAACAUAGUACUUGACAGGCACCAGAAUUAGGUGACACAUUUCACUCUUGAGUUUCAUAGCAGCUGGAGCAAAAAGGGACAUAAGAUUAGCUUCCAAACUUAUAACUGCCUUUAAAUGAAAACAGAAGUAGCGUGGCUUUUUCUGUUACUUAGAAACUUUUUCUCUUGGGACAUCAUAAAGAGAACACUGAUCUAAUAAACGACAUUCUCCUGCUUGAAACUUGGUUCUCUGAGGUAAUGAGCCAGUCCAUUAAUUUCAGUGUUCAUUCCUCAGUGAUGUAUCUAUGUUCAUCUAUCUGGCCUUGUGAAUAUUUUUUUGACGUAACAUGAGCUAGACUGAGUAUGAAUGGCUCCAAACUUAGGAGUGACUAGGAUUUACAGAUGAAGCAGUAUGGAUCAGUUUCUUUGGGAAGGUUCUUGGAGGACCCUAUGGGAGGAAACCCUGGACAGAACUCCAUCCGGCACAACCUGUCACUGCAUAGUCGAUUCAUGCGGGUCCAGAAUGAGGGAACUGGCAAGAGCUCUUGGUGGAUCAUCAACCCUGAUGGGGGGAAGAGCGGAAAAGCCCCCCGGCGGCGGGCUGUCUCCAUGGACAAUAGCAACAAGUAUACCAAGAGCCGUGGCCGCGCAGCCAAGAAGAAGGCAGCCCUGCAGACAGCCCCCGAAUCAGCUGAUGACAGUCCCUCCCAGCUCUCCAAGUGGCCUGGCAGCCCCACGUCACGCAGCAGUGAUGAGCUGGAUGCGUGGACGGACUUCCGUUCACGCACCAAUUCUAACGCCAGCACAGUCAGUGGCCGCCUGUCGCCCAUCAUGGCAAGCACAGAGUUGGAUGAAGUCCAGGACGACGAUGCGCCUCUCUCGCCCAUGCUCUACAGCAGCUCAGCCAGCCUUUCACCUUCAGUAAGCAAGCCGUGCACGGUGGAACUGCCACGGCUGACUGAUAUGGCAGGCACCAUGAAUCUGAAUGAUGGGCUGACUGAAAACCUCAUGGACGACCUGCUGGAUAACAUCACACUCCCGCCAUCCCAGCCAUCGCCCACUGGGGGACUCAUGCAGCGGAGCUCUAGCUUCCCGUAUACCACCAAGGGCUCGGGCCUGGGCUCCCCAACCAGCACCUUUAACAGCACGGUGUUUGGACCUUCAUCUCUGAACUCCCUACGCCAGUCUCCCAUGCAGACCAUCCAAGAGAAUAAGCCAGCUACCUUCUCUUCCAUGUCACACUAUGGUAACCAGACACUCCAGGACCUGCUCACUUCGGACUCACUUAGCCACAGCGAUGUCAUGAUGACACAGUCGGACCCCUUGAUGUCUCAGGCCAGCACCGCUGUGUCUGCCCAGAAUUCCCGCCGGAACGUGAUGCUUCGCAAUGAUCCGAUGAUGUCCUUUGCUGCCCAGCCUAACCAGGGAAGUUUGGUCAAUCAGAACUUGCUCCACCACCAGCACCAAACCCAGGGCGCUCUUGGUGGCAGCCGUGCCUUGUCGAAUUCUGUCAGCAACAUGGGCUUGAGUGAGUCCAGCAGCCUUGGGUCAGCCAAACACCAGCAGCAGUCUCCUGUCAGCCAGUCUAUGCAAACCCUCUCGGACUCUCUCUCAGGCUCCUCCUUGUACUCAACUAGUGCAAACCUGCCCGUCAUGGGCCAUGAGAAGUUCCCCAGCGACUUGGACCUGGACAUGUUCAAUGGGAGCUUGGAAUGUGACAUGGAGUCCAUUAUCCGUAGUGAACUCAUGGAUGCUGAUGGGUUGGAUUUUAACUUUGAUUCCCUCAUCUCCACACAGAAUGUUGUUGGUUUGAACGUGGGGAACUUCACUGGUGCUAAGCAGGCCUCAUCUCAGAGCUGGGUGCCAGGCUGAAGGAUCACUGAGGAAGGGGAAGUGGGCAAAGCAGACCCUCAAACUGACACAAGACCUACAGAGAAAACCCUUUGCCAAAUCUGCUCUCAGCAAGUGGACAGUGAUACCGUUUACAGCUUAACACCUUUGUGAAUCCCACGCCAUUUUCCUAACCCAGCAGAGACUGUUAAUGGCCCCUUACCCUGGGUGAAGCACUUACCCUUGGAACAGAACUCUAAAAAGUAUGCAAAAUCUUCCUUGUACAGGGUGGUGAGCCGCUUGCCAGUGGAGGACAGCACCCCUCAGCACCACCCACCCUCGUUCAGAGCACACCGUGAGCCCCCGUCGGCCAUUCUGUGGUGUUUUAAUAUUGCGAUGGUUUAUGGGAUGUUUUAAGUGUUGUUUUUGUGUUUGUUUUCCUUUGACUUUCUGAGUUUUUCACAUGCAUUAACUUGCGGUAUUUUUCUGUUAAAAUGUUAACCGUCCUUCCCCUAGCAAAUUUAAAAACAGAAAGAAAAUGUUGUACCAGUUACCAUUCCGGGUUCGAGCAUCACAAGCUUUUGAGCGCAUGGAACUCCAUAAACUAACAAAUUACAUAAACUAAAGGGGGAUUUUCUUUCUUCUUUUGUUUGGUAGAAAAUUAUCCUUUUCUAAAAACCGAACAAUGGCACAAUUGUUUGCUAUGCGCACCCGUCCGGGACUGAACCAUGCAUAGGCAAAACGAGUGGAGCACAGCGUCCGGCCCAGUGUGUUUCCAGUUCUGAGUCAGGGUGAUCUGUGGACGGGACCCCAGCACCAGGUCUACGGGUGCCAGAUCAAUAGGGCCUGUGAUCUCCUGUCAGUGUCCUCAGCUAAUGUGAACAGUGUUGGUCUGCUGGUUAGAAACUAGAAUAUUGAUAUUUUCAGGAAAGAAAUCAGCUCAGCUCUCCACUCAUUGCCAAAUGUCACUAAAGGGUUUAGUUUUAAGGAGAAAGAAAAGGAAAAAAAAAAAAAAGUCCUGUUUUGCUUUGCAGAACAAAUGAACUUACAGGUGAGCGUUAAGCUUGCAGUGAGAAAUGUGCGAAGAGUAAAAACCCAAGUCAAUGCUGAGGCAGUUCUAACUUCACUGUUUUCCUAAAUACACAUCCUUGAUUAUUUUCAGCCUUGCUAUAUAAUCUGAUCUGCUAGAAGUGUAUGAGUGAGAGGCAAUAGCAUACAAACUGAUUUUUUAAAUAUAAGCUUAGGUUGUAAUUGUACAAGUGACUCAAUGGAAGUACAAAAUAGGGCAGUUUUAACUUUUUUUUUCUGCUUCUAUGGAUUUCAUUUUGUUGUGUUUUCAAAAAGUUAUGGUGCUGUAUAGGUGCUUUCUGUUUAACCUGUAAAGUGUGAUUAUAUUCGUUACCUUCUUUGGUAGACGGAAUAGUUGGGACCACCUUUGGUACACAUGAAAUUGGUAUAACGAUGCUCUGAUUAGCACAGCAUAUGCAUACUUCUCCAAAGUGAUAUAUGAAGACUCUUUUCUUUGCAUAAAAAGCAUUAGGCAUAUAAAUGUAUAAAUAUAUUUUAUCAUGUACAGUACAAAAAUGGAACCUUAUGCAUGGGCCUUAGGAAUACAGGCUAGUAUUUCAGCACAGACUUCCCUGCUUGAGUUCUUGCUGAUGCUUGCACCGUGACAGUGGGCACCAACACAGACGUGCCACCCAACCCCCUGCACACACCACCGGCCACCAGGGGCCCCCUUGUGCGCCUUGGCUUUAUAACUCCUCUGGGGGUGAUAUUGGUGGUGAUCACAGCUCCUAGCAUAAUGAGAGUUCCAUUUGGUAUUGUCACACGUCUCCUGCCUCGCUUGGGUUGCCAUGUUUGAGCGAUGGCCCUGUUGAUUUCACCCUGCCUUUUACUGAAUCUGUAAAUUGUUGUGCAAUUGUGGUUAUAGUAGACUGUAGCACAUUGCCUUUUCUAAACUGCUACAUGUUUAUAAUCUUCAUUUUUAAAGUACGUAUAAUUUUUUUAAGUAUGUAUUCUAUUCAUAUGGUCUGCUUGUCAGUGAGCCAGACUUGCUUACUAUAUUCCUUUAUAAUAAUGCUAGCCACUUCCUGGAUUCUUUAGUAAUGUGCUGUAUGCAAGAACUUUCCAGUAGCAGUGAAGGAGGGUUGCCUCUCCAAGCUUCCUAAGGGAUGCUGCCCUGGGUGGGGAUGCAUUGCAGAGGCAGUAGUAGCAUGGGGGCUAGAGUGGGGAGCGAGAUGGAAAAGGGUGGGGGGAUAGGAGAAUUCCAGAGUGCUUCCAGCAUGAGGGUCCUGAGAACUUCUGUCCUGAGUUCAGAGAAACAUGCAAAGUAACUAACAAAAUAACUACUUGCCUUUGCAGUUUUACAGACCCUGGGAGCUGCUUUGGGAGUGAGAAAGGCAACCCUCCAAUGUGUUUCAACUUUAAAAUGUUGAAUUCUUUUCAGACAUGUGGUAUCUCAUUUAUACUCCUUUUCUAGCGUUUGUUGAAUUUCAGGCAGAAUGUCUUACAGAAUGUCCUAGAACCAGAUUAUCAUUUAAUCUGAAACAGCUGAGGAAGGGACAGAGAAGGUACAAGGGCAAGGCAGCACAAAACAGAUCAGGAGAAUGAAGAGGGAAUGCUUUGGUUUUUUGUUUUGUUUUGUUUUUUCUUUCUCAAGUAACUAAAACAGCAUCUACAUGUAGAGUGUUGUGGAGAGCUGAGACCAGGGUAAAGUCAAGUGCAGCAUCAGUACUGUGAGACCCACCAGCCCCUGGAGAGGGUCAGCUGAGAAUCUGGUAGUGAAGCCUGUCUAGGGUCCCGGCACCCUCACCCUCAGCCACCUGCAGAGAGGCCAGGGCCCCAGAGACUAGCCCGGUUCUGAAGUGGGCAGGGGUGCUGCCAGAGCCCUCUGCCCCUUAUAUUGAGACCCUGCUUUCAGGACAGGCCAGCCGUUGGCCACUAUGUCACAUUCUGAGUGAGUGUCACAGGUCCCUAACAAUAAUUUUCUGAUCUGGAGCAUAUCAGCAGAAUGCUUAGCCUCAAGGGGCCUGGCAGCUGUAAUGUUUGAUUUAUGAUGAGAACUAUCCGAGGCCACCCUUGGCCUCUAAAUAAGCUGCUCUAGGGAGCCGCCUACUUUUUGAUGAGAAGUUAGAAGAGUACCUAAUGUUGAAAACAUGACAUGCACUCGUGGGAUCUGCUGUUCUCUCCAGGGCUCCAGAACCUGAUACCUGUUACCAAAGCUAGGAAAGAGCUUUAUCACAAGCCUUCACUGUCCUGGCAUGAGAACUGGCUGCCAGGCUCAGUGUACCCCAUUAACUGUGAAUGAAUCUGAGCUUGGUUUCCUUUAUUGCUUCCUCUGCAAUAUGAUUGCUGAAACACAUUUUAAAAAUUCAGAAGUUUGUCACUCCUGUUAAUGGGAGGAUCAUUCACACAUGUGUAGUACAAGGCGGACUUUGUGUUUGUUUUUGGUGUUAAUAUUUUGCAUUGUGUGUGUUGCUUCCGCACCCUGAGGAGAGGACACCAUGGCUUACUACUCAGGACAAGUAUGCCCCGCUCAGGGUGUGAUUUCAGGUGGCUUCCAAACUUGUACGCAGUUUAAAGAUGGUGGGGACAGACUUUGCCUCUACCUAGUGAACCCCACUUAAAGAAUAAGGAGCAUUUGAAUCUCUUGGAAAAGGCCAUGAAGAAUAAAGCAGUCAAAAAGAAGUCCUCCAUGUUGGUGCCAAGGGCUUGCGAGGGGAAAUAAAAAUGUUAUCCAGCCUGACCAACAUGGAGAAACCCCGUCUCUAUUAAAAAUACAAAAUUAGCCUGGCAUGGUGGCGCAUGCCUGUAAUCCCAGCUACUCUGGAGGCUGAGGCAGGAGAAUCGCUUGAACCCAGGAGGCGGAGGUCGCAGUGAGCCGAGAUCAUGCCAGUGCACUCCAGCCUGGGUAACAAGAGUGAAACUCUGUGUCAAAAAAAAAAAAAAUGUUACUCAUCCUCUCUCAAAGCAAAAAGGAAACUCUAACAGCUCUGAACUCUGGUUUUAUUUUUCUUGCUGUAUUUGGGUGAACAUUGUAUGAUUAGGCAUAAUGUUAAAAAAAAAAAAUUUUUUUUUUGGUAGAAAUGCAAUCACCAGUAAAGAGGUACGAAAAAGCUAGCCUCUCUCAGAGACCGGGGAGGCAGAGUACUGCUAGAGGAAGUGAAGUUCUGAUGGAAUCAUGCCUGUCAAAUGAGGUCUUGAAGCAGAUGCCCAAAUAAAAGAGUAUAUUAUAUUUUAUCUAAAUCUUAAGUGGGUAACAUUUUAUGCAGUUUAAAUGAAUGGAAUAUUUUCCUCUUGUUUAGUUGUAUCUGUUUGUAUUUUUCUUUGAUGAAUGAUUGGUCAUGAGGCCUCUUGCCACACUCCAGAAAUACGUGUGCGGCUGCUUUUAAGAACUAUGUGUCUGGUCACUUAUUUCUCUAAAAUUAUCUCAUUGCCUGGCAAUCAGUCUUCUCUUGUAUACUUGUCCUAGCACAUUAUGUACAUGGGAAAUGUAAACAAAUGUGAAGGAGGACCAGAAAAAUUAGUUAAUAUUUAAAAAAAAUGUAUUGUGCAUUUUGGCUUCACAUGUUUAACUUUUUUUAAGAAAAAAGUUGCAUGAAUGGAAAAAAAAUCUGUAUACAGUAUCUGUAAAAACUGUCUUAUCUGUUUCAAUUCCUUGCUCAUAUCCCAUAUAAUCUAGAACUAAAUAUGGUGUGUGGCCAUAUUUAAACACCUGAGAGUCAAGCAGUUCAGACUUUGAUUUGAAGCACCUCAUCCUUCUUUCAAUGCGAACACUAUCAUGUGGCAUUCUUACUGAGGAUUUUGUCUAACCAUAUGUUGCCAUGAAUUAACUCUGCCGCCUUUCUUAAGGAUCAAAACCAGUUUGAUUUGGGAAUCUUCCCCCUUCCAAAUGAAAUAGAGAUGCAGUACUUACUUUCCUUGGUGUUUGUAGAUAUUGCCUUGUGUAUUCCACUUAAAACCGUAAUCUAGUUUGUAAAAGAGAUGGUGACGCAUGUAAAUAAAGCAUCAGUGACACUCUA